AUGGAGCACGGUACUAUCACUACCAAGCGGACGGGCUCCGUCUUGACAGCGACUAUCGACAACCCCCCGAUCAACCUAUGCAACUGGAAGUUCAUGUCUGACUUUGACUCACUCCUGUCCAGCGUUACUUCAGGCGAUGGAAUAAAAGUCUUGGUAGUUCAAAGUGCGAAUCCGGACUUUUUUGUCGCCCAUCUAGACCUACUCCCUCGUUCUGGUAAGCAUAGUCAUGAUCUACCAGGUCUUUUCAUUUCUUACAGCUUGUUUGCAGAGUCCAACUUUCCAGAAAUGCAUCCCGAGUACCCAACACUGGGGUAUUUCUUUGGCCUCAUGUUUAAACUCACCAAUCUACCCGUUGUUACUAUAGCCCUUGUUGAAGGGCGUGCCCGUGCCGGAGGUUGUGAUUUUGCAAUGGCCUUUGACAUGCGUUUUGGUGUAAAAGGUCGCACAUUCUUAUCCCACCUCGAAGCAUGUCUUGGUGUUUAUGCCUCUGGUGGCGGGUCAAUGCGCUGGGCUCAACUGAUGGGAAAGUCUCGGGCGUUGGAGUAUCUCUACUCCGGGACUGACAUUGAAGCGGAAGAAGCGGAAAGGUACGGCAUACUCAACCGAGCAUUCGAGACUCCUGCUGCAAUGCGCAUGUUUGUGGACAAGUACACUCAGCGCGUGGGAAAAUUUGAGCUUACUGCACUUGCUUUGACAAAGAAGAGAAUAAAUGAGGCUACAAACGCAUCUUCUCCGGAAACAUUCGAAAAGGAUUUCCGGGCAUUUGUGGAACUCCUGUCUUUGCCAAGGACAAGUGUGUUGGUAUCAGAGAUUUGGACAGUGAUUAAGGGGGCAACGGAUUGCGAUGAAGAGAGGACACUUCCAGAAGCUCUCAUGGCCAUGCCAUCAUACAAUAAUUGA